AGAAAAGGGCCCACGUCAGUCAAGAGGCUCGCGCUAACUCGUGCGGGUGACUGCCACAUACCCGGCGCUGGAAAAUGCAUUCUUUUGUUGUUGGCGGAGACGGUCCCCUUCCGCAGCUCUCGGGCCAAGGCUAGCUAACAACCAGGAGAAACAGAGCGGAAAAUGCAAAACAACGAAAUUAUUAAACCGGCCAAAUACUUCUCAGAGCUGGAGAAGAGCAUCUUGCUUGCUUUAGUGGAGAAGUACAAGUAUGUGCUGGAGUGUAAGAAAAGCGAUGCGCGGACUAUCGCCCUCAAGCAGCGCACCUGGCAGGCGCUGGCGCACGAGUACAACUCCCAGCCCAGCGUGUCGCUGCGGGAUUUCAAACAGCUCAAGAAGUGCUGGGAGAACAUCAAGGCUCGGACCAAAAAAAUUAUGGCCCACGAGAGAAGGGAGAAAGUGAAGCGCAGCGGGAGCCCCCUGCUGAGUAACCACGUCCUGGGCAAGGAGAAGAUCGGCAGCAUGCUGCCGGAGCAACUGUACUUCCUGCAGAGCCCGCCCGAAGAGGAGCCGGAAUACCACCAGGAUGCAGCUGCUCAAGAAUCCUUUGCUGCUUCAAACAGAGAACUGUGCGACGAAGAGAAAGAGUUCGUCCAUUUUCCAGUGUGUGAGGGGACCUCACAGCCAGAACCUUCGUGUUCAGCCGUCAGAAUCACAGCCAAUAAGAACUACAGGAGCAAAACCACUCAGGAAGGUGCUUUAAAGAAGAUGCACGAGGAGGAGCACCACCAGCAAAUGUCCAUCCUCCAGCUGCAGCUGAUCCAAAUGAACGAGGUGCACGUGGCCAAAAUCCAGCAGAUAGAGCGUGAGUGUGAGAUGGCAGAGGAGGAGCACAGGAUCAAGAUGGAAGUCCUCAACAAGAAGAAGAUGUACUGGGAAAGGAAACUACAAACUUUUACCAAGGAGUGGCCCGUUUCCUCCUUCAACCGGCCCUUUCCCAAUUCACCCUAAGACUGGGGGAUGGCUCCCUUGUAGUUAAUGUGUGUUGGCAAGGCAAGUUGGGGAUGGGACUUUGGCGGUCGGUAGCCUGUAACGGAGCAAUGCCUAGGAGAAUUAGAGUGGUAGUAGUCACUUAUUUAAGACAUCAUUCAGGUAAACAGCUGCGUCCCAUGUACCCCUCACGUGGCCAAGAAGCUGGUCCAGUCUCUGAAGAUCACCACUAUGCGUGCUAGAACUCACUGAGCGUCAUGUUUCUUAAUUAGAAUUCGUAGAAGAACCAUGUGUGAGUGUUGUAUUUUCUUUUCUUUCUUUCUU